AUGGAAAUCACGGUUACACCAAAUGGGGAAGGUUUCGCCUGCAUCAUUUGCGGCCAAAAGAGUGAAACGCACGCGCAUCCGGAGCAGAGCAACGAGGGCCAGAAAUAUCUCCGCCGCUCCUGCGCUUUUGCGCUUUUUCUCCUCCCCCCGCACCCCAGCAGCACCAGCGCACCACGCCGCUCUUCCCUGAUGGCCGCCGCCGGCGACGGCGAGGCUGAGCGGGUGUCAGCGCUGCUGCGGGAGAUAACGGGGGAGGGCGGGUUCGCUUUCGUCGCCUCGGCGGAGAAGGCGGGGGCGGGGGACCUGCGCGCGGCGGAGGCGGCGCGGGAGAUGGCGUGGGAGCAGCUCCACUCGGGCCCCUGGAGCGAGGUCGGCACCGCCUGGAGGGACGCCUACGCGCUCGCCUGCCUCCACGUCGCGCGGCUCCGCACCCGCUGCGGGGCCAGAGGCGGGGGCGGGGACGGCGACCGCUCCGCCGCGCUCCGGGCGCUCGACAUGGGGCUCAUCAUGGGGGGCAACCUACUGCGCGCCGACCUCGAGGCGGCCCUGGCGCGCAUCUCCGCGGAAGCGUGCGGCGGAAGCGAAGGUUGCGCGGGGGUCGUGGAUGAGGAGGACCAGAGGUGGAGGGAGGCGCUCGACAGGAACAGAGACAUCGCUGAUGCACUCAAAGUUCUUCCAGCGAACUCUUUAUCCUGUAAGAAAGUUGAGAGGCGAUCAUGCAUCUCCUUGGAGGAGUUUAUAUGUAAUUACUUUUUACGCGACUCCCCCGUCAUAAUUAGUGGCGCCAUCGAUCAUUGGCCUGCAAGGACAAAAUGGAAGGACAUUAAAUACCUCAAGAAGAUCGCUGGAGAUCGUACUGUUCCUGUUGAAGUUGGAAAAAACUAUGUGUGUAGUGAGUGGAAGCAGGAGCUUGUCACAUUUUCUCAGUUCCUGGAUAGAAUGUGGUCAACUGUCUGCCCAUCAAAGUUGACAUAUCUAGCUCAGCAUCCAUUAUUUGAGCAGAUAAAAGAGCUCAGUGAAGACAUAAUUGUUCCCGAAUACUGUUAUGCUGGUGGAGGUGAACUCCAAUCACUUAAUGCUUGGUUUGGUCCACAGUGGACAGUGACACCAUUGCAUCAUGACCCACAUCACAACAUCUUCGCUCAGGUUUUGGGCAGGAAGUAUAUUAGACUCUAUCCUGCUUUUAUAUCUGAGGACUUGUAUCCACACACAGAGACUAUGCUAUGCAAUACCAGUCAGGUAGAUCUUGACAACAUUGAUUUGAAGGAGUUUCCAAGGGCUGAAAACCUGGAAUUCAUGGACUGUAUAUUGGAGGAGGGUGACCUGCUUUACAUCCCUCCAAAAUGGUGGCACUACGUCAGAUCUCUCUCCACCAGUUUCUCGGUUAGCUUUUGGUGGGCAGCAGUUCAACCCUCAGGCGGCUCAUAG